UUCAAACCUGAUGAGACAAAUGAAUCAUUUUUUAUUUUUUUAAUUAAAUAAAAAAGAACAUGUUUCCCAUGCUUCAUCCAACACGAAUGCUGACUAUAGGAAUUUCCUCCAUCAUCGUUUGAGGCGUUUUGUAUAUUCGAGGAUCAUCACGCGAUGUCUGUAUGGAAUAACAUGGAUUGUUAUGACCCACCGGCCAAGAUAGCGAGGAUGCAGAAAACCCCAGCGUCAAUUCUCCAGGAGAUGAUGGUUAAGAAAGGGAUAGUCCCUAAUUACGAGCUUAUUCAUGACGGCGGUGGAUCUCACGAGAACACAUUCACGUACAGGGUAAUGUGCGAUGGAUUAUUCGCCACAGGAACUGGAAGAUGCAAGAAGGAUGCCAAGCAUGCAGCUGCUGCCAACAUGUUGGAUGCCAUUGUUAAGCACCAGGGGUUGUUGCCCCUGCCAGCAUCUCCAGCGAAGUCCCCUGUGAGGGCACCUCCACCGCUGCCCAAGCCUGAGCCAUACGUUCAGGAUCCCAAUGGUCGCUUUGUCAAUGCCAUUGGUGCAUUGCAGGACUUAUGUGCCGAGAAUGAACUCCAAGACCCAGUAUACAACACGAUAAGUGACGUUGGUCCACCGCAUGCCCGAAUAUUCACGAUGCAAUGUGCAGUAGCCAGUUUCAGAGAGGAAGGCAUAUCGACAACGAAAAAACAAGCAAAACAUCUAGCUGCAAAGAAGAUGCUCCAGCGUAUCACAGAAGUCGUGGAGGAUGCUAGUAAGUCGAGUGUCAUACCCCUUCUCAAGAGAACAGGAGGGCUGGAAGAUGGGGGCUUCGAAGCUGCCAAUGAGCGAGCUAAAAAAAAUUUCCUCGAUCAAAAAGUUCCACACACCAAGAAGAUGAAUCUCGGUGCUAAAUUAUCAGACUUUCACAACAGAUUACGAUUGAGUUAUUCUGAAAAUGUGAGAAAAAAUACGUCUGAGAAAUUAAAAGAGUUUGAGGACUUGUUGAAUGAGUGUAGGGAAAUGGAGGAGUCUUCGACGUUUGAGGAAUUGAAAGUGAAGUUCCAGGAGUCAUUGAAUCCCUUGAACAUUACGGUGUAUCAGGGGGUCGUUAAUGAACGUUUUCAAGUGUUGUCGUUGGAUACGACACCUGAAAUUAUUGAGAUGAGCUGGGGGGACGAAGAGGUGUGGAAACUCCAGGUGGAGGUUUAUCUCAGGGUAAUCGACCAUCUGAUAAUUUUACUUUCGUAAUGUUUGAGUUUAUGCGAGUUAACAUUGUGAUAAAAUUUUUUUUUUUUUCAACGAAGAAAAUAAUAUAUACAUGCUGCAUGUGCUCUUUCCAUUGUUCGAUCAUAUAUUUUCACGAUUUGUAAUGCAGAGUUGCAAUUUAAAUUUUUUGUUCGAGAUUAUCUAUCACCAUUAGAAAACUAUCUGGUUUGAUUCCAUCAAAGAUUCAUCCACAAGUCAAUACCAUGUAGUAUAUCAUGAAAUGAUCAGUUUCAUGGCAUUGUCUGUUAUUUUGAUAGCUAAUAAAAUGAUUGUAAUUUUUUAAAUGAAGAUUUGGAUUUAUAUUCUAUGUAAUUGUUACACGGCAUUGUUUUUUCUUCAUUUUUUUCACAAAUAUUUCAUUGAAAUAUAUACACAUACUUUACGUAUUCUUUGGCUCCUCGAUAGAAUAUUGAAAUAUUUUUUUAAAGAAACUUCAUCUUUUUCCUUCAGGUUUUUAAUUUACAGUUUAAAAUUUUUCUCCGAGAUUAUCUACCACUUCCAUUAAUCCCCGAGUCAAUACCAUGUACUAUAAUCAUGCCAUGAUUAGUCUCAUGACAUUAUUUGUUCUUUUGAUAACUAAUAAAAUGAUUAUAAUUUUGUAAA